CUAACCUCCGCCGCCGGAGCUGCGGGCUCCCUCUGUCUAGCCCCGCUCCUGUGUCUCUGGACGUCUAGUCCUCAGGAGUUUAUCCCGUGAAAAACACUCCAAAGGAAUUGCUGACAGUUUGUGGAAAGAAGUUACAGUGACUGUGGCAAAAGAAAAGCUGAACAGCAGCAGCACAAGUAUCAAUCAAUCUAGAAAAAAAACUUGCAUGCAGCCUUUGAAGAAUAGGAGGUGGCUCUGGGGAGGAGGGCUCUUCCCUAUUAUAUAUAUUGAGAGCUGAACUUUAUGCUCAUGAGCAAAAGCACAAGGCAAGCACGCAGAAUGUGAAUCACUCCGUGUGGUCCAGCAAAUCAGAACCAAAGCCUACUUAAGAAGACAAAAGUGCUCUUCAAAGAAGGCUAGUUCUGUCUUUGCUUUCUUCUUAUUACUGGGAGCUGAGAAAUAAAAGCCAAAGCGGAAUAAAAUGCCAGCUAAAGGCAAAUACUUCUUUAAUGAAAACGAAGACUGCAAGAUAACAGACCCACUUUAUGAGAAGUACCGCUACACAAGCCAGCAGCAUCCGCUUCUUCUCCUGCUACUCUUCAUUGCAAUUACUUUCUGUAUUGCGCUAAUUGUAAUAUUCUUUGUCGAUUCUAAAUAUCGACAUCUUGGCUUCAUUAUUGUAGUAUGUACUGCUCUUGUAAUAUUUGCAGUCAUAUACUUGCUUGUAUGCAUUGAAUCCUUAUUUCGGAGAUGGCUGAAAUUAUUUGGGAUUUUGAUUUGGAUCUGCUUCCUGACCAUAGGAUGUGUGUCAGUUUUUGAAAACGGAAAUGUUCAUUUAUUCUAUGCGUGGGAACAGGUACCAUUCUUUCUGUUCAUCAUCUUCACAGUUUAUACUAUGUUACCCUUUGGGAUGAGAGAUGCAGCCAUCAUCAGUGUCCUUUCUGCAGUGUUGCACAUUGUAGCCCUAAGCAUUGCAGUGACUGUAUAUUCGGAAACAAAUCAAUAUCUCAAAUUUCAGUUAUUUGCCAAUGCUGUAAUUUUUCUUUGUGGUAAUUUGAUGGGUGCAUUUCAAAAGUAUCGGAUGCAGGAUGCUUCAUGGGAUUUGUACACAUACACUUUUAAGUGCAUUCAAGUCCGAAUGAAACUGAAGAUUGAAAAGAGGCAACAAGAAAACUUGCUUUUAUCUAUACUGCCGGCUCAUAUCUCAAUGGAAAUGAAACUAGCCAUCAUAGAACGACUGAAGGAAACUAAUGAUGACAGGCAAAUGCAUGAUAACAAUUUCCAUAAUCUUUAUGUGAAAAGGCACCAGAAUGUUAGCAUCCUGUAUGCAGACAUUGUAGGAUUCACUCGUCUGGCUAGUGAUUGCUCUCCGAAGGAGCUGGUAGUGAUGCUGAAUGAGCUCUUUGGGAAGUUUGAUCAAAUUGCAAAGGAAAAUGAAUGCAUGAGAAUAAAAAUUUUGGGCGACUGUUAUUACUGUGUCUCAGGCCUACCUGUGUCCUUACCAGUUCAUGCCCGGAACUGUGUGAAAAUGGGACUUGACAUAUGUGAAGCUAUAAAACAAGUGAAAGAAGCUACUGGAGUGGAUAUCAGUAUGAGAGUUGGUAUCCAUUCUGGGAAUGUGCUUUGUGGUGUGAUUGGAGUCCGGAAAUGGCAAUAUGAUGUGUGGUCUCAUGAUGUUUCCUUAGCUAAUCGUAUGGAAUCCUCAGGAAUACCUGGCCGGGUACACAUCACUGAGGCAACGCUAAAUCACCUAGGCAAAGCUUAUGAAGUAGAAGAAGGGAAUGGACACCUAAGAGACCCAUACCUUAAAUCAAUGAACAUCAAAACCUACUUGGUGAUUGACCCAAGGUCUAAACAGCGAACAUCGAAUAAUCAUCUCCCUAAGACACGAGUGAACGAUGGGCUGAAGAUGCGAGCCUCUGUCCGUAUGACACGUUAUUUGGAGUCCUGGGGAGCAGCCAGGCCCUUUGCCCAUCUGAACCACAGAGAAAGUGUGAGCAGUGAAUCGUCAACUCCAAGUAGGAAGCAAAGAAAGGAGAUACAUUUGAAUUCUACAGGUCGUCAAAAGACUUCAGAUAGAAAUAUGUCUCAGAAGGGAAGGAUGGAAGACGAUACUUAUGAUGAAAUGAUGUCAACCAUUGAGGGUCUCAAUUCCAUUAUACCAUGGUGUAAUAAAUCAGAUUACUUCUAUAGAGGCUCGCUGUUUUUUGUAGAAAAAGGACUGGAAAAAGAGUAUCGUACCAUCCCCAUCCCUGGACUGAGGAGUUACUUUGCCUGUGCUAGUUUUGUCUUGCUCUGUAUAUUUGUGAUACAGAUGUUGGUCAUGCCAAAAAAAGAAAAAAUAGCAUGUUCAUUUGGAAUUGUAGCCAUCUUAAUUCUGCUUAUUUUGUGUGUGUGUUUUGCUAAUAAAUGCCUGAAAUGCUGCUCAGAACACUGGCCUUCUACACACCACCUUUGUGCUAUUCUGGAUAAGGUGGAAACAGUGCCUCUAGUGAGAGUCCCAUUGGCAGUCAUCACUAUCGGUGCUUUGCUGAUCAUAGCUAUUUUUAAUUUGCCUACUGAAAAAUGCACAACUGUGGACACUUCUGGAUUGUAUAUUAAGGAUGUCACCUUGCCUUAUUAUACUUCUUGCUGCAUACUAGGGUUCAUUGCUUGCUCUGUAUUCCUUCGGAUGAGCUUUGAACUCAAAGUUCUCCUUCUGUCCAUCGCUGUGACUGUCUACAUCAUCAUCUUUAGUAACCACCAGAAUUAUCCGAACUGGAGUUCAGGCUGCCUCAAUGACACCAAUAACACAAGGCUUUUCAUCAAAGAUCCAGUAGUGAUGACUAACUUAUACCUGGCUUUGUUUUACGUAACUCUGAUACUAUUUUCAAGACAGAUUGAGUAUUACUGUCGAUUAGAUUGCCUGUGGAAGAAUAAAUUUAAAAAAGAACAUGAACAAUUUGAAACCAUGGAGAACGUAAACAGGCUCUUGCUAGAAAAUGUUCUUCCAGCACAUGUUGCUGCUCAUUUCAUUGGUGACAAAUUAAAUGAGGAUUGGUACCAUCAGUCUUAUGACUGUGUCUGUGUCAUGUUUGCAUCAAUACCUGAUUUUAAGGUGUUUUACACCGAAUGUGAUGUCAAUAAAGAAGGACUGGAGUGCUUACGACUGCUGAAUGAAAUUAUUGCUGAUUUUGAUGAGCUGUUGUUAAAACCUAAAUUUAGUGGUGUUGAAAAAAUCAAAACCAUUGGAAGCACUUACAUGGCAGCAGCAGGCCUCAGUGUCGCACCAGGCCAAGAAAACAAGCAGGACAAGGAGAGACAGCAUGCUCAAAUUGGGAUCGUGGUGGAGUAUGGAAUUGCCUUGAUGAGUAAACUGGAUGGCAUCAACAGACAUUCCUUUAACAAUUUCCGCUUACGUGUUGGGAUUAACCAUGGGCCUGUAAUAGCAGGUGUGAUCGGGGCUCGUAAACCCCAGUAUGAUAUCUGGGGCAACACGGUCAAUGUUGCUAGCCGAAUGGAGAGUACUGGGGAACUUGGAAGAAUUCAGGUUACAGAAGAGACAAGCAAAAUAUUACAGGGACUGGGAUAUUCAUGUGAAUGCAGGGGACUCAUUAAUGUCAAAGGAAAGGGAGAACUAAGGACUUACUUUGUGUGUACAGAUACAGCCAAGUCACAAGGUAUUGGAUUGAACUGAGUCUGUAACGAAGUUUGUCAAAAUGUGUUUUGAGCCAACACUGCCCUUCUGUGAAGUCUUAGAAUUUUUCUCCUUAUGUGAAGGAGAUUAUUUCAAAUGUAUGUGUACUACUGAUGAUUCCUCCACAUCUCAAGGGAAGAGUCUUUAAAAGACGUCUGAAAGUGCCUAGAAACAACUGUUGGACUGCCUGUUUCUGAGAUAAAUUCCAGAAAAAUCCUAAAAUUAUUUGCAGCAUUUUCUAAUAUUUCCUUUCCUACAUGCAGUCAAGGAGAUGAAAGGCCCUUGCUAGCACAUAUAGUUGCAGAUGUACUAUUUAACUAAUUUCCUUAUUAAAACAGCUAUUAGGAAAAACAUCUUGUCAGGGUAGUUAAGCACUGGAAUAAAUUGCCUAGGGAGAUUGUGGAAUCUCUGUUCUUGGAGGUUUUUAAGAACAGCUUAGACAAACACCUGUCAGGAUUUAUCUAGUUAUUACAUAGUCUUGCCUUUAGUGCAGGGAACUGGAUGCUAUUACCUCUUAAGAUCUUUUCCAGCUCUAUAUUUACGAUUCAGUAAUUCCACUGCCUCAUAGCUUGUUAGAUCUGCUAGCAGUGUUGCAUGUGUCAGAGACAUUUGGACCAUUCACAUAUGCAUGGACUUUAGGGCAAAGGUGUUUUCAUGCCAAAGAUUGUUGAAUAAGGGAGGGCACAAAUGAACUACAGUUUAUUACAUGGUUAUUCUACUCUAGCUCCUUUUGGAAAGAGUAAUUUGCACAAUAAUGCACAUUCCCUUGCCCCUGGAUGCCUUUUCCACAAACUCAGGCCUCUUCUAUAGCUUACAUGUAAAAACUUUUCUUAAUCAGCAGUUGUACAGGAAAUGAAUUUUGGCUAAAGUUGGUUCAAAAUACCUCUGUUAUGGAUACAACCUAUGUUGCUCUCUUUUCCCUAUACCGAGAGACAAAACAUAUUUCAUUUCUUAGAUGAGAUGAAAACAACUGUUUUAGUAUGUAUUGGAAGUAAGCCACUUUGACCUUCAGAAUUGAUCUUCUGACUUUGAAGAAAUCCAGACUAUUUCCAGAGAACAAAAGCCCAUUUAGGGAUAUAUGCACGUUGGAGAGAAACAGUGAAUGUUAGUAGCAUAGAAAUUUAUUAUAUUCAUUGCAAUCAUGCCAUUUGACUUUGUGUAUUUACACUGUUUUGUGAGAUUCUCUAGCUUGGUUUCAAUUGCUUGGAUGAGGCCUGUCCCUCAAUCUGUUGACUUGCUUCUGAAUUUCUAUCCCAACUUUUUUCUUGUUAUUUUGCAUUAAAUGUAUUAGUAUGUAUUAGUCAGGAUUUGGUGCUUAUGAAGAUGAAGUAUGAACUGUAUUUGCCUGUCAGGCAGGAUAGCAGCGGCAAACUUUGCUUAACAGAUCUUUCAAUGCACCUUAAUUCAGCUGGCAGCUCUUCUCCUUCUAGGACAUUUCUCUUGACAAGAAACAGCCACUCAAAUUGUGUAGUGUGGUACAGGCAAAUACAAGACUAAAUUUAUUUUUUUAAUUUGUGACUGAAGGCAAACUUAAACCAAUGUGGCACUGACCUUUGAGGACCCUUCUCCAAGCUAAUCACCUAUGUCUCUGUUUUCAGAGCUGUGCCUGUUUAAAAACAUAUCCCAUGUCUGAGAUCUUCAUAAGUUUGACAGUGUUAUCAGUAAAUGUAAUUUUCCUUGUUGUGUUCUGUGUGGAAUACAUAACCUCAACAUUUAUUUCAUUUGACCCAUUUUGCACUAGCAUUCUUAAAAGAUUUGGGACAGCUCUGGAAAUAAGAAUAACUAAUCAAGCUGAACUUCAUAUUGCAAAGGUUCCCCAAAAACUUGAGGCAAAUAUGACUUGAGGCCACUAUUUCUGUCGAGUAAGCAUACAACUGAUUUGCAUCAUUUUACUGCUAGUGAGGUGUCUACUUCACAAGAAAAGUAUAGAUGUAUAUUUCUUAAAAAUUAAUGUACAUUUAUAUACAAGUAUGUGUUUUGGACUAAUUAGCUAUUUAUCAGAAAGGGCACCUCCUGUUUAAUUAGCUCUUCAGAACCAGAAAACUUUAACAUUUUAGUAGUAAUACCUACAACAAGAGGGGUAUGUGUUUUUCUUCACGGAAAUUCUUGGCAAAACAUUUUUUCUGAACAAGGUAGAAUUUUACAUACAUUAUUAUAGUUAUAAUAUAUAACUUUAAGACAGGUCACCAAAUGUUUUUUUUCUGUUAGUACACUGAGCCCACGGGCAAAUUUUUAAAACAGACUAGCCAAUAUGGGUAUGUCUACACUGGUACCCUCUUUUGAGAAAGGGAUGCAAAUUAAUAAGGCUUGAUAAUUAACAUAAUCUACUUGCCUGUGGAGAGUAGAUUUUAGCCUGGCACGGCUGCGCAGUGCAGUCAGUGCAUGCGCAGCAUGCGGUAGCACGCAUCUGGUGAGCGCUGCAAAUGAAGCCGGGAUUUAAAUAUCCCGCCUUUCAUUUGCAUAUCUGCGUUAUGGCGCUAUUUCGAAAUGACAGCCGCUGUUGAGAUGCAGCUAUUUCGAGAGAAAACCUCUCUCUCAAAAUAACUGGUAAACCUCAUUGUAUGAGGAAUAAGGGUUAUUUCAAGAGAAGCGUUUUCCCUCGAAAUAACCGCGUCUUAUUUUGAAAAGCACUAUUUCAAAAUAGUGCCAUAAUGUGAAUAUGCAAAUGAAGCAUGGGAUAUUUAAAUCCGUUUCAUUUGCAAUUUUGAAUGUCUUCAUUUGCAUCCCUCUCUCGAAAGAGGGUGCAAGUGUAGACGUACCCUAUAUGUAUGUAUGUGAUAAGAGCUUGUAUUUUGUGCGCUUGUUAUUACUCUGCAUCGGUACACACAUUCUGAAUGCUCAAUUUAGAUAGUUUUUAGAUAUAGCACUAACCUGAAUUUUAUCUGACUGCCUUUGUGAUUUGCGUAUUUACGGCUGGAUAGGUUUGUUUAAAGCCUUGAUCCUUUUUAAAGAUAACACAGUUUACAAAACUAACAAAUUUUAUUAUUUAUUAGUACAGAAGGAUGUGUGAGAAUCACUUUUAUAGUGGAAAUGUUUUAUCAAACAGGCUCCUGAGAGAUACUCCACUUAGUUUAUUCAUCAGGGGCAUUAGUAAAAGUUAUAGUUAAUCCACUUCUGUUAGUUUAAUGUUAAAUUUUUUCCUUUAAAGUUUAUUCGGGUGAGUAUAAAUAGCUUUAGCUAUGGCCCUUCAAUGAACAAUUUUUUUCUACUAUACAUCAUUAUGUCAAGAUAUACCACAAAAUUUUGCUUGUGAGGAAGAUAGUGUCUCUAAAACAAAGAUAACUGAUAUUUGAGUAUAAAUAUUUAUCAGGAAAGGACUUUUUUUUCCUCCAUUGACUAGUCAUUGUGACUAGAAUGUGAAGUGGUUAAAAUAAAUCUAAGUGUUAUUUUGUUAGUAUACAGUGCUAUGACUGGAUGACUUAUUACGCCUCACAUUUGCCAAUAUUUCAGUUUUAGUUAAGGGCACAUAACUCCAAAUUGUCUCUAACAAUCUUUUACAUGCACCAUUGCUAUUUUCUAAUUACUGUGUAAUUUCUUUGAAAGUGCCUGUUUCAUGAUGGGAACAAAUCAGUGUAUUAAAAACGGUUAAUGAGGGUGGUAGGUCAAAACUGCUUUUGCUGUAGUCUCCUACAGAUAGUAGUAUAUUAAAUAACUUUAGUUUGAGGUUGGCUGUUUCCUUUUUGGCAGCAGAUUCAUAAUAUAUUAACUAGUUAAUACUUAAAUUUCUAGCUAAUAAACAGGUCAGUGUAAUUCAUUUUGUAUACUUUUUUAGUAUCUUAUUGCAUUUAUAUUAUUUCUGAUAGCAGGCAUUUAACUAAGCAUGCAUUCAAAGAUAUUUAUUUUUAUUUUUUUACAAAAAGUUUGACUACUGCUGCCUAGGUUUAAUUCAGCAGUCUGUGAUCAGUAUCUUAAAGACCAUACUGCCUCAAUGUGUUGAAUUGUGAAGUUUGCUUAUGGACUGAGCUUAUUCUGAAAUGAUGGUGCUGUCCACAGUAGCGCUAGAGAUUUAGAUACAAUUAAGAUGUGAAACUAAACCAUGUCUAACAACAUUCUGAACUACUUUGUAUUGCCAUUUCAAGCUAGUAACAUGCUGCUUGGGCAUAGCUGAGUCUUAAUUAUAUGGGACUAGAAGAAGUAGGGUUGUGUCUUUCUGUUACUGGUUGUAUCCCUAUAGGAUUUUAAAGGGAAAUUAUCUAAUUAAAUUUCAAAGAGCAGUAUGACUUUGAGGAUAGAAAGUGCAGUUAAAUAUUCUACAGUUUCACCUUAUUAUAUAUAUUAUCCAUUCACAGAAACAUUAGAAAGUGAAUGUAAAGCCAUGGAUACUGGGGAGGGGAGAAUUGUUAAGGUAGUUGGAUUGACUUAUAUGUUUUUAAACAGUUUAGAAAAUUGAAGAAUGAUUGUCUUUAAACACAAAAUGCCAAUUUAUCUAAUUUAAAGCUCAUUAUAUAUUGUAACAUUUAAUGAUGAAGUCAGUUAUCUAUUGCACACAGAGAACAAACUUAAAAAUAAAGAACUUUCU